GAUGCGUCAGCACGUACGUACGCGGCUGGGCCUCAUCCUCAAUGAGAUUGGCCUGCUACACAACCGACGCCUGGAGAAUCUGAUGCAGACGGUGGACGGCGGCGGCGCUGACGGCCUGCGCGCGCGCGCCGAGGCGCAGCGCCGGCCCAUGGAGCGCGCCUACAAGAGCGCGGAGGCGGCCUUCAGCAAGGCGGUCACCCUUCUGGACGGGACGCCGCAGCGCUGCGCCACGGAGAUGAACCUGGGCCACCUGUACGACCGCUCGGCGGCGGCGCAGCACCGACUACCACCCGCCUCCGAGAAGCGGCGCACGCAGCUGCUCGGCGAGGCGUUGGAGACGUACAGCCAGGCGGCCACCAUGUACCAGGAGGCCGGCCGGCCGGACCGGCUGCUCGCCAUGCUGCACGCUCAGGCCACCGUCAGGGAGGGUUGCGACAUAACGAUGCACUACCGGCCGCUGCCGCUCUGCCUGUCCAUCUGCGCGCGGCGGUGCCGCUCUGACCCGGCCUCCAUCCGCUGGCCGGGUCUGUGA